AUGGACCUGGCAACCUCUUAUGCUCAAAGGACAGAAGUUAAUGACUUUGAUCCACUAUUCAAUGCCAUUACUGGCUUAAAUGGCAGUGGCAAAUCAAACAUCCUGGACUCCAUCUGUUUCUUAUUGGGAAUUUAUUGGUCUUUUAAUAUGUUUCAGGUGCGAGCUUCCAACUUGCAAGGUCUUGUUUAUAAAAAUGGCCAGGCUGGGAUUACUGAGGCUACUGUAUCAAUCACCUUUGAUAAUUUUGACAAGAAGCGGAGUCCCCUAGGAUUUGAGAAGCAUGACGAGGUAACAGUCACAAGGCAGGUGGUGAUUGGAGGCAGGAAUAAGUAUCUAAUCAAUGGUGUGAAUGCAAACAAUUUUGUUGUCGUUAUAAUCCUGUUUUUGCCUAUAUCUUUGCACAUCCUCUCGCCCCACACCCUAGAGAUCUGCGGACAAAUUUCCAAAAUUUUCAAUAUGAAGCCUCCAGAGAUUUUGGCUGUGAUUGAGAAAGCUGAUGGCACUAGGAUGUAUGAAUGCAAGAAAAUAGUUGCCCAGAAAACCAUUGAGAAAAAAGAGGCAAAACUUAAAGAAAUUUGCAGGAUUGUAGAGGAAGAAAUCACACCCACGUUGCAGAAACUGAAAGAGGAGCGAUCUUCAUAUUUGGAAUACCAAAAGGUCAUGCGAGAGACAGAACAUCUGAGUCGCCUGUAUGUUGCGUAUCAAUUUGUGCUAGCUGAAGAAACCAAGACACACGCUGCUGAUGUGCUAAAGGAAAUGGAAGGCAAUAUUGCCAAACUUCAGGAGGAGAUGACUGAGAAUGAGAAGAAAGUGAAGGAACUUGGCAUAAGUUGGGAUCAACUUGAAGGCAGGCCAUUUCAUUUUAAAUAUAAACACAAAAACUAAUCACAAAGCCCUGCUCUACCCUGAUGCUCCUGGAGCAGGUAGGCCAGACACGUUUCUGCCUUUUGGGCUUCUUCAGUGACCAACUAAAUAAAACCCACCAACAAAAUAGACAAAGCGCCAGCUUGUUCCUUGCCCUGGAC